UAGCUGUCACUUUGACAAUUGAAAUUAACCUUGCAUUUUAAGUUUCUUGCAUAAUUUCAAUUAGUGUUAAAUUGAAUUUCUAAAAAAUGGCUGUAAAUCCCAACUGCAAAUGUGGAGUUACAUGUAGAGGCCGAUUAAAUGAAACUAUUGGAUUUAUCGGAGGUGGAAACAUGGCAAAAGCAAUAGCCGAAGGGAUUGUUAAAAAAGGUUUGGUGGACUAUAAACAAUUAAUUGUAUCAGGACCGAGAGAUGGUAGCUUAGAAUAUUGGCGAGAUUUGGGCUCCAAAACAACAACACAAAACGGCGACGUUGUUUGCGAUGCUGAUAUUAUUUUCCUAGCUGUAAAACCACACAUUCUCCCUUCAGCUGUAGCCAAUAUUUACGAAACAUUAAAAAAGCCCAUCAAGGGCAAACUAUUUGUAUCAAUUCUCGCAGGCAUCACGUUAGGAGCUCUGGAAAAUUGUUUAGCAACUCUGGAAGGCUCUCGAGUCAUUCGCGUGAUGCCCAACACUCCAAUGAUGGUAGGAGAAGGAUGUACCGUCUUUUGUCCCGGUCAAAGAGCCAGUGAUGACGACAUAGCUCUAGUAAAAACUCUCUUAGAAACGUCAGGUGUUUGUAAGCAAGUCCCAGAAUCUCUUAUCAACGCUGUAGGAGCCCUCGCCGGUAGUGGCCCUGCUUUUGUUUAUCUCAUGAUUGAAGCCCUGUCUGACGGUGGGGUCAAAAUGGGAAUCCCCAGAGCCAUGGCUACGAAUUUCGCCGCACAAACUGUCCUUGGGGCUGCAAAAAUGGUUUUGGAAUCGGGGAAACACACAGGGGUUUUAAAAGACGAAGUGUGUUCUCCUGGUGGUACCACCAUCACGGGGAUUCAUGCUCUGGAAAAGGGUGGUGUGAGGGGUGCAAUUAUGGACGCUGUUGAAGCGGCGGCGAAAAAAUCUGCAGAACUUGGUCAAAAGAAAUAAAAUAUUGUCUUCCCGAUUAAGACUCUCUCAGUAGAACAAUAAAUGACUCAGCAAUAUUGUGUAAAUAGAAAACAAAUAUUUAGUUUUUAAAUUACGCAACUGGAAUCACAACUAAGUACUAAUAAUUAUUUACAUGACGAAGUUUUUGAUUUAUUUUACGUCUUGUAAUAAGAUGAAAAAAUUAAAUUUGUUUUCAUUUAAAGUUUUA